GGGCGCGCAUGAUCCGGGGGCGCGCCUGUGCCCGAGUGUGUUCUUGCGCUUUCAUUAGCUGCUUGGAGGAGUCAGAGACAUGACAGCCACACUCCGCCCGUAUCUCAAUGCAGUGCGUGCCACUCUGCAGGCAGCGCUGUGCCUGGAGAACUUUUCCUCUCAGGUGGUGGAGCGGCACAACAAGCCUGAGGUGGAGGUCAGGAGCAGCAAGGAGCUGCUGCUGCAGCCAGUGAUUAUCAGCAGGAAUGACAAGGAGAAGGUGCUGAUUGAGGGCUCCAUCAACUCUGUCAGAGUCAGCAUCGCUGUCAAGCAGGCCGACGAGAUCGAGAAAAUCCUGUGCCACAAGUUCAUGCGCUUCAUGAUGAUGAGAGCGGAGAACUUCUUCAUCCUGAGGAGGAAAGCAGUGGAGGGAUAUGAUAUCAGCUUUCUCAUCACCAACUUCCACACGGAGCAGAUGUACAAGCACAAGCUGGUUGACUUCGUCAUCCACUUCAUGGAGGAGAUUGACAAGGAGAUCAGCGAGAUGAAGCUGUCGGUCAACGCCAGGGCCAGAAUUGUGGCCGAGGAGUUCCUCAAGAAUAUGGAGGGUGCCCCAGAGGCAGGAGGAGGGAGACAGAGCGAGGAGGAGCAGGAGGAGAAGGAGGAGGGGGGUGCAGACACUCAAGGGAACGGUGACGCUGUGACAUACCCCGGUGUCCAGAGAGAAAGGCUGAAUCGAGGGGGAAUGAACCAGCGCAAGAAAGCAGGGAGGAAAUCUGAGGGCACUGACUCUAAUGGAAAACUCAGCAGGAACAACCUUGAGAGGCUCAAGAACGCCAAGCUGCUGGCAGAGCGAGCCAUCAAGCUUUCGAGGACAGUGUAUAGCAUCGUGUGCAUGGACCGGCUGGAUGACAUCUUGAAGCUGGUGGACAGCGACCCCACCAUGAUCAAGGACAGCAAGUGGGUGGUGCAGAAGUACCUGGAGCGCCCCCUGCUGGUCUAUGGCACCAAGUUUGAUGUGCGGCAGUGGUUCCUCGUCAUGGACUGGAACCCGCUCACCAUCUACUUCUACAAGGAGUGCUACCUGCGCUUCUGCACCCAGCCAUUCUCACUGGACAACCUGGAUAACUCUGUGCACCUGUGCAACAACUCCAUCCAGAAGCACUACGAGCGAUCCCAAAGCCGGAACCCGCACGUUCCCCAUGACAACAUGUGGUCUUCACUGGACUUCCAGGCUUUCCUGCGCAGCCGCGGGCAGGAGUCCCUGUGGGAGGCCAGGGCUGUGCCGGGGAUGAAGCAGGCAGUGAUCCACGCCCUGCAGACCACGCAGGACCUGGUGGAGUCGCGGCGAAACAGUUUCGAGCUGUACAGGGCUGACUUCAUGAUGGGGCCCGACCUGCGGGCCUGGCUCAUCGAGAUCAACGCCAGCCCCACCAUGGCCCCCUCCACCCCCGUCACCGCCCGGCUCUGCGGGGCUGUGCAGGAGGACACGCUCAGGGUGGUGAUCGACAGGAGGGCCGACCGCUACUGCGACAUCGGGGGCUUCGAACUCAUCUGCAAACAGACCUGGUGUGCCAGGAUUUGGUGUCUGCUAGUACUGUGUGACCACUCCCCAUGGUCAGUGGUUUGUGUGGAGCGGCUGGCAGGGUGUUGCUCAGAAGCGCCCCCUGGGGGCUGGGCAGGAGAAGCAGGAGGAUUAUGACGUUGUGGACACAGGGUCGCGAGGUGUUCGGCGCGGCGGUCAACGCUGUGCUCCCUGAGAACAUGAUGCGCG